AUGGUGUCAUUCCUCACGACCCUGGUGACCUACCCCUUUGUCUACCUCCUGCUCGCGCGCGCCGCGCGUGGCGAGGGCGCGCUGGGCGGUUUCAUGCUCGACGGGCGGCGGCGGCUGGAGGACUUUCCAGAGGGACGCGCCAUCGUUGACCUCGAACGGUGGUGCCGCACCAACGCGUACCUCAGUGUGACAGAGGAGCUGGUGCACAAGUACGCGCGCACCGCGGCCGCGAUCGUUGACGUCUACGUCGCCAACAGCACGUGA